AUGCAAACACCAACGGCAGCAAAUUGUACGCAAAGUUCGGCAAGUAAAAUCGUAGCCAAGGCGAAACUUGAUGCGUUCUGUAAAAAUAAAAGCAAUAACGGUACUCUAUGUGAGCAUAGUGUAUACGUCAAGGACCUAAUACUACGUCAAAAUGGCGGUGCAUCUAAGGAUGAUGAAGAAACACAGGCGGAUGUUUCUUUGCGACGUGCUCCUUCCUCAGUAACCCAGGCCAAUGAGGGAAACAUUUUUACUGGCCCCAGCGGCCAGCGACCAAAAACCAUACUUGAAGAUCAUGGCAUUGUGCUGGGUAAAGUAAUUGGUACGGGGAAUUAUGCAAAGGUGAAAGUUGGUUUUUCCGAGGAGUACGGCAAGCGCGUAGCUGUAAAAAUUAUUUCGAAAGUGAAAGCGCCUGCUGAGUAUACGCAAAAAUUUCUGCCACGCGAAAUCGAAGCUGUCAAGGGUCUGCAACAUGAAAACUUGAUAACGUUUUAUCAAAGCAUCGAGACAAGUCAUAGGGUGUACUUAAUCAUGCAACUGGCAGAGAAUGGCACACUACUAGACUAUGUGCGAGAGAAGAAACAUCUGGAAGAGCCACAUGGUCGCAAGCUCUUUCAGCAAUUAAUAAGUGCCGUAGAAUAUAUUCACUCCAAGAACGUAGUACAUCGUGAUAUAAAAUGCGAAAAUCUACUGUUGGAUGAAAAUUACACGCUUAAGUUAAUCGAUUUUGGAUUUGCACGCAAGGACACGCGCACCAGUGACGAGGAAGUGAUACUCUCGAAAACAUUUUGUGGCAGCUAUGCAUAUGCCAGCCCAGAAAUACUCAAAGGUAUUGCCUAUGAUCCAUUCAUGUCUGACAUCUGGGCAUGUGGUGUUGUAUGUUAUGCCAUGAUUUUCGGUCGCCUACCCUACGAUGGUUCCAAUGUUCAUGUAUUACUCAAACGCAUAAACGCUGCGCUAGUAUUUCCAAAAAGUCCUUCGGUUAGCAGUGAAUGUAAACUGCUGAUUGGUCGUAUAUUGGCGCCGCUUAAAGUACGCUAUACUAUACCGCAGAUUAAAUGCGACACUUGGUUUAAUAAAACCUAG